AUGUCUGUGUUGAAUCCAAGUACCCCCGCAUUUGAGCCUUUUGCAUGGAAUUUCUCUACAGUCGACAGUAGCUCAAAAAAUAAGAUAAAAAACGUCUGGCACCACAAUCUGAAAGAAGAAAUUUUAGAUAUUUCGAGACUGCUGGAGAAUUAUCCUUAUAUUGCCAUGGAUACUGAAUUUCCAGGCAUCAUUGUGAGGGCUCAAGGUGAGCUAAGAGAUACGCAGUAUCAGACAAUUCGGCAUAACGUUGACAGAUUGAAGCUGAUCCAGGUAGGAAUCACACUGUCAGAUAUUAAUGGAAAUUACCCUCCUGAUACUUGUACUUGGCAAUUUAACAUGAAAUUUGACUUACUCUGCUCAAUAUUUUUAUUAAAAACCCAAAAAGCAUUAUUUUUUAUUUAAAAAAUUAAAAAAAUAUAGGUAAAUUAGGCUAGAAACUGAUACUUAUUCAAGUGAUUCUAUACAAUUACUAAAAAAUUCAGGCUUCGAUUUUGAAAAGCAUGCUCAAGAUGGGAUUGAUCCUCAAGAUUUCGCUGAACUCUUUACAGUAUCUGGUCUAUGUCUCAACGAAGAUAUAACUUACAUUACAUUUCACUGUGGCUAUGAUUUCGCUUAUCUUCUUAAAAGCUUAACUUGUCAGAAACUCCCUGAAUCACAAACAGAAUUCUAUAAAAAACUUUUAUUGUAUUUCCCAGCAUUUUAUGAUUUAAAAUAUUCUAUUUUAAAUUAAAUUAUCAAAAAAUCAAAAUAUAAAAUAAUUUUUAAAUAAUAAAAAAUACAGUAGAAAUUAUUAUACAUGGUAAGAGGAAUUGAUAGGUUUCGAGGAGGCUUAAAUAGAAUAGCUGAAGAGCUUGGGAUUAAAAGAAUUGGUAGAAUGCAUCAAGCUGGCAGUGACAGUAUGGUAACUCUAGAAGCAUUUUUUGGGGUAAAAAAUGCAUGCUUCCCUGAACCAAUUUCUAUUGAAGAUCACGAAAAUGUGAUAUGUGGGCUAAAUGAAAAUAAUCAGAUCAGAGAGACUGAGUAUAUUAGCCAAUAUCCUUAA